GCUCACUUUACACUCAGAGCGAAGGAGACAUGUCACCGUGGGGAACAGCCGCAACAACAACAACAAGUGAGUUAACUCUUCUCGCCGCUAUUAUUCAUACCUGAUGGUAUAUAUAUCUCUCAUUCGGAAGGUAUGGCUGAGUCCAAUAAAAGACAAUUCCAUAUGUAGGUCAGCUGGGACUCAGGCGAUAGAAAAUGGAUGAAUUGAUGGAUAUCCAAAAAAAUACGUGCCAUGUAAAGUCCAAAAGUCAACCGAGCUGGUUUAAUAUUACUUUCUUCUUCAUCUGAGCCCAAAAGCAGCAUGCUUCCCCUCAAAAACGCCGGAUCCACGUGAGCUCCGUCUGAGCUCUCGGCCUCGGCCAUGAGUGGAAAGGGUUGCCAGCUCCUGGUGUCGCCAUGCGGCGUGUCACCGUCGCUGGGGAAGAUGAGAGGGCACCGGUCCCAGGCAGUCAAGGUGCCCGUGACUUCCCCUCAGUGGGGCGGCCUUCCCUUCUCGGGCGUGAACAAAGUGAGCGGCGGGAAGCAGAACGGCGGCCCCGUGACCCUGCCAAGCCUGAGCCUCCACAGGAAGGUGUUGACAAAUGGGAAGCAGGACGUGGAGACACAAGAUGUAACCUUUCUAGGAGGCUCUUCCAAAAAAGCAGGUGGUUCCAGACCUGCCAUUGAAGUUCUUGGGCACCCUGCCGGUUCGAACCUCACGAUAACCAACGUUCCGAUGUCUGUUGUCCCUGGUCAUCAUCAACACGAUGUUACGUCUUAUCACCCGUCUCUUGAUACAAGGUCAGUGCUGUCCAGAGAAUCCCUGGCAUCCACCACCCUUAGUCUUUUCGAAACCCAGUCAGUGUUUAGCGGACGAAGCGAUUGGCCGUUUGGCUACCGCGUCCUUCCCCCUCUGGGUCAGACACCGUGUUCCGCCCUGGCCCCCGAGGGCGGCGAGCAACACAACGUGGGAACGGCCAUGUCCAGCACGGAGGCCUCUGGCGGCACGAGCACGUCAGCCUCCCUUCCGUCAUACCUCUUCACGGGUGAUUCCGGGAGCCCCAAACAGCCUAACGCAAAGAAGAGAGCCCUUUCCAUGUCGCCCUUAUCGGACGUAAUGGGGAUGGAUUUCAACUCCAUCAUACGUACCUCGCCUACGUCGCUUGUGGCUUAUAUCAAUAGCUCACCGGCUUCUCAUCCGACGAUCUCGCCCAUUCAGUCCGAGGGCUACGGCCACUUCCUGGGCGUGAGGGGUUCUUGGAUCCCCCAGGUUCAUCCCUACACUACGUCACAGAAUCUGAGUCCACCGGGCGACUGCAGUCGCACAAAAGUUCUGGAAGAGGGCGGGGCUCUGGAAAGUGAGAUGGCUAACAUGGUGGUGGAACAACAGUCUCUUCCAAAUUCAAAGGAAGUGGGAACUCUGGGUAAGAUUUUAGAAACCUGUCAAGAAGAGACCAACAUGACUCUGCAGCUUCACUCAGGUGAAGAAGCUGCUCUCCCUCGGGGACCUCCACCACCCUACCACUCCCAUCGGCACUUUCACCUUCCUAGAAGUCAGCACAGAAUAAGGACUCAAGAAACCCUCAACCAGGGUCCCGUGGGCCCACCCCGGCAUGGCCUCGGCUUUUUACCCCAGAUCCCCAUGCUGGAGGAAGAAGAGGGCGAAACGGACGACUGCGGCGCCCACGCUUGCCUGUGGAUGGACUGCAAUGCGGUCUACGACCAAAAGGAUGAGCUAGUGAGACACAUUGAAAAACUCCACGUGGACCAGAGGAAGGCCGAGGACUUCACAUGCUACUGGGCAGGCUGUCCUCGGAACCUCAAACCUUUCAAUGCCCGUUACAAGCUUUUGAUCCACAUGAGGGUCCAUUCGGGAGAGAAGCCCAACAAGUGUAUGUUCAAGGGCUGCAAGAAGGCCUUCUCUCGACUGGAAAACUUAAAGAUCCACCUGCGCAGUCACACUGGAGAGAAGCCGUACCCGUGCCAGCAUCCAGGAUGUUUCAAGGCCUUCAGCAACUCCAGCGACAGAGCCAAGCAUCAGCGCACCCACCUGGACACAAAGCCAUACGCUUGCCAAGUACCAGGCUGUGCAAAGCGCUACACUGAUCCCAGCUCUUUGAGGAAGCACGUCAAGUCUCAUUCCACUGCGGAGACACAGCUACGGAAAAAGAUGAAAUCCACAGCUGAUGUAACCCAGGAGUCUCUGACAGACUGUUUAACCAUCCACCAUCUGCACCCGAGCCUCUCUCCACCAGCCAGAAGAGACAACUCGAUAGCAUCCUCCACAGCCUCUCAAGAAUCAUACUCAACUGCUCCACAGGGAGGAGACUCUCCUCACAAUCCUCUUAUGUGCACCCUGCAAGACAAUCACAGAUUUGCCGAUCCUCCCCCUGGUCGUCUCUUCUGCUUUGACCCCCGCCCUCCACUCUCCCGCCUCCCGCAUCCUCCCGGCGGCGCUUUCGCGCAGCCCGGUCGGAUCCCCGAAUCGGCGGCCGAGCGCAGCCCAGAUCUCCCAGGGCAGAUGGAGGCGCUUUUUCCCUACGAUGGGAUGUCAGCACGGGCCGAGUCCGGUCAACUCAUGCCGGCCUUCGGGAUCAACGGAACCUGCAACGCAGGGUUUACCGUGCAAAUGUCAGGAGGCGACUUCUUUGACGUGAUGGAUCCCCUCGCCGGUCAAGUGUGCCGCAACCCCGCUGAGGAAUGACACCACUCUCCUGUGGCAUUCCUUUCUUUGCACUAUUUGGGGGACGUAAUGUCAAUUGCAAGCAUCUGCGAAAACUUGUUCUAACACAUAUCUAUGCAAAUUCACGCAGCUUGUUGUGCUUACAAAAGUAAGAGUCCAUGUGGACUUUAGGCGCCGAACUGUAUUUGAAUGUAGAAUACUUUUGUCUCCACAUCUGGUACAUCAAUUUCCUCCUUUCUCCCCUCGUUCUGGAGGCAUACAUUAGUAACUAUAGUAACAAGAUAGACUUAUUUCACUGCAGGGUUCCGACACAUUCUUGUGCCGGGGAAAAUAAAAAAAGAACAUAAUAUGGUUUCUUGAAGGAGAUUUUUAUACAAGGCAUUUUAUUGUUAUUCUAAAAAUGAAAGAAUCUUUAUACAGUGUAUAGCAGAAAAUUAGAGCUGCUGUGAUUGGUGGCCUUAUUUUUGAGCUAUUGUUGCUAUCAGGUAUUAAAUUGACAUUUUUUAAACAUG